AUGCCCUUAAAGGAAGAUCCUAAAUGUUUAGGAAAAUCUAAAGAGUUUGCGCUGAAAAAAUUAAACUUGUUGUGGCAACGUCUAAUUAAGGAUCCAAAUUAUUUGUCCCUAUACAGAGAUUUUUUACGUGAAUAUUUAGAGUUAGGGCACAUGUCAGAAAUUCAAGAUGAGGAGGAAGAAGCAACUUAUUUUAUUCCUCAUUUAGGAGUUUAUCGACCUGAUAGGCAGUCAACAAUGCUCAGAGUUGUUUUUAAUGCAAGUUAUCCAACUUCAAAUGGAAAUUCCCUAAAUUCCUUACAAUAUACCGGAGGAAUAGCGCAAAGUGAUUUAUUUUCCAUCAUGGUUAGGUUUCGUAAAUAUGCCUAUGCCUUCACAGCGGACAUAAAGAAAAUGUACCGAAUGAUCUGGAUUCACCCAAGUCAGAGAAAGUUACAGAGCAUUCUAUGGAAAGAAAAUGAGAAGGAACCAGUCAAAACUUACGAACUAAAUACUGUGACGUAUGGAACGGUGAGUGCACCAUUUUUAGCAACUCGUACGUUAAAACAAAUAGCGAUUGAAGAGGGAGAAAAUUAUCCUCUAACUGCAUCCGUCAUUGAAGAUAACUUUUAUAUGGAUGAUGUGUUAACCGGUUCUGAUAAUUUAGUUACCGCCAAAGAACUUCAAUGGCAAUUAAUUGAUAUCUUGGAAAAUUCUGGCAUUCAACUGCACAAAUGGCAUAGUAAUUGUGAAGACCUAGUAUCAAGUAGUGAAGAAAUCUAUAAUUUUACACACUCCGAGGAAACGCAAGUUUUAGGAGUUUCCUGGAAUAACAAAAGAGACAGCCUUUACUUUAAAGUUGAUAUCAAGCCGUCUCAAGGGAAAGACUGUCGAGUCACAAAACGCUGCGUUUUAUCCACUAUAGCAAGACUGUUCGAUCCUCUUGGAUUACUAGGACCUGUAGUGACGGAGGCAAAAAUAUUUUUACAGCAAUUAUGGUUUUUAAUUAUGGUCAACACGUAUGGUCUGGAUUGGCAUGAGGUACUGCCUGAGAAACAAACGAAAGAGUGGUCAAAUUUCGUCGAAUCAUUACAAAGUGUUAGUAGCAUGAAAUUUGAAGGAUGUAUACUUACCGAGGGAGCUGAAGUGAUAGAAAUCCAUGGGUUCGCUGACGCAUCAGAAGCCGCUUGUGGUGCAGUUAUCUACUCUAAGUGCAUUAAAGAUGGUCACGCAUCAAUUAAAUUGAUUUCCAGUAAAUCGAGAGUGUCUCCAUUAAAAAGAGUCACCAUCCCAAGAUUGGAACUUUGCGCUUCAGUAUUUCUAGCCAAGUUAGUGCAAAAGGUGAUACAUGCCCUCAAAUUACCAAUAUCCUGCACCUAUCUAUGGAGUGACAGCAUGAUUGCUCUUUCAUGGAUUCGCAAAGAACCAUUUCUUCUUAAGCUUUCAGCUUUUUUUCUGGUCAGUUUAGUGGAGGGCAAUGACUGA